AGAGCCCGCACGCUCAGUACCAGGAUAUUUUUCAUCGCUAAAAUACUGCUUUUGCAACAUUGCUAGUUAUAUGUGUCGAACAUUGACUAAUACUGUACUUAGCUUGGCUAAUGUUGGCUAACGGCACGGAUGAGCAUUUCAGUGAUAGCUAUUGCUAAAAGGUGUUUUGAUUGUCAAAUGUACUUUCAAAUGUGCUAUAAUUUAAAAGUGUAUGGAAGAUGUAGUUUUAUAACUGAUGUACCAAUAUAUGAAUGCCAAGAUGUCUACACAGGAACUACGCGCGACAAUAAACAUAAUGGAACACCUUGAAGUGUCAUCUUCAUGUGUGUAACAUCUGUACAUUCGGACGAGUCUCGUAUCUCCGGCCGCCGGACUUCCAUACUCCAAGGUGGACUUUUUGUCCCGCUGGACGCCCAGCAGCACCAGGUCAGGAGGAGGUAAGAAGAAAUGAACAUACUAGACUUCUAAAGUUCAGGUGAAUUCAAAAGUUUGGUCAUGUUCAAAGGUGACAGUUUUGAUUGAUGUGAUAAAUUGCAUUGCUCAUUGCGUUGUGUACCUAAUUCAAUGAAGGUGGUCAUCUUUAAUACAAAGUGAAAUAUUUUAUUUCAUCUUUUUUGUCAAUUUUAAAGGGUCACUGACAUGAGUUUUCAACUUUGCUUAAAUAUGUUCAAUAUUUUUUAUAAUUAUGUCCUAUGUUGUUGUUUUUUUAAAUCGAACUUUAAAUUAGUAAAAUUUACAUUUUUGAACCUGCCGUCCACCAUUUUGGGAAUCAUCUUCUUCGACAAAGGGCGUUUGCCAAGUGACGUCAGCGCAGUCAAACUUCACAAGUAAACAAACAUGAGAGAGUGGACGAGAUAGAAGAUGUUUAGUGAUUAUAGCAAAGAUUUGAGGGAUGUGUCGUUAGUUUUCGGGGAGGAAGAAACAUGUGGAGAUGAACUAGAGAACUUGCAGAACAUGGGAUGAAGCCGUAUUGAUUAGAACCAAAGACGAUGGGAAUAUAUGUCUGAUGCUGAGGUGUUCGAUGACAAAGACAUGGAGAUGAAGAUUGGUCGGCUUCAAACACAAAAUGGGAAGUGUAAAUGACCUUGGAGUUGCUUGUCCUUCAAAUAUUGUUUUAAAUCGGCUUCUUAAUUAGGGUAAAGGGCUCUUUUGAGCCUUUUUAUUGUUCAAGGAAAAAUUGCACUUUUUUGGAAUGUUGCCCUCCCCAAUUCGUAGUAAGACAUGAACACACGUCUUUCUCUUUUCUGUGUGUAACCCUUUAAGUACCUGACUGAGCAGGAAGGUCCACUUCUCUAUCAUCUGUAAAUCUACGAGUUCCAAAUGAUCUCAAAUCAAUACUUGGGGUUUCAGUGUCUUCAGAUUCGUAAGGAGGUUGUCAGUGACAUCUCUACAUAGCGAGAAUAAUACCUCCAAACACAAGAGACACCAAGAUUUAAAAAACAAUGCAGUUUAUAUUUUUUUCAAAUGCAAGUCAACCCUAACACCCAAGUCUGGAAGACGUGGACAUGAACAAGUCACAAGAAAAAAAGAAAGUCCCGUGUUAAGUUUGUCUUUCAAGUUCCACUGUCCUUUCAGCUAAAAGCAGCUGUGGUCAGUUUUCACCUUUGAUGUUCAAAGUGUUGAACUAUUCAUUUAGGGCUUAGAUGCAUCAGUACAUUUUUUGUAAAUUUUUUGAUUUGUACAAUUGUCUUGUGUCAGGCCUGACAAAAAACGAGUGCUCUUAGAUCUCAGGUAAAAAGGGGAAGGAAACUCUCCUACUUCCUACCACCCUCCUGGGAAGAGGGGAAUAUCGGAGUUGAACUUGUCCAGUGAAGUCUUGUCAGACUGCAUCCAGUCCGUGGUUAGCACAGCUCUGAUCUUUGGAAUUUCAGUCCAACAACAACAAAAAAAAAACAGCCAGGAUUUUCAAAACAUUAAGAAACACCGAACACCGCUACGUAAAAAACAUUUGUUCAAUGGAGCAAACGUGCCAAGGUGCUGAAAUCAAUGCACAGAGUGAACUCUCUUCUUACCUGUUUGCUCUGGAUCGCACCUUGUAGUUUGUAGUUGUUGCUUGUAGUUUGCAGGACUAAUCUAAGAGUUUUGUGUGUUAGUGCGUGCAGGCGUGUGUGUCAGUUUCACACAGGUGAGGGAGAUGGAGAUCGAGUGCCUCCAGAAGAAGAACGCAGCGAUGGCCAAGCUCAGAGAAGAGAUCGAGAAGAAGCAGAAGAGCCUCAGGAUGGAGUGCGAGGCGUUUGAGAAGCAGAGAGCACGGAAUCUGGCUCACUUUGAGGACGACAAGAAAGAAGAAACUAGGAAGCUGCAGAGGGAACGCAAACUUUUUGAAAAACACGCCACUGCCGUGCGAGCCACGCCCAACAGGACAGAAGGAACGGAGAUCCGGGCGCUGAAGGAGCAGCUGAGCUCCCUGCAGGAGGAGCUGAGGAAGAAGAAGAGCAGCUGGUCGUGCACGCACACUCGCCUUCUCCAGGAUAUUGACUCUCUCAGCCAGGAGAAUCUCGAGCUGAAGGACCAAUUGUGCACGUUGAAGCGGCUUCGUGUCAUAUCCUUGCUAAAGAAGUCUUUGGAAGCAGAGAGCAACACUAAAUAUGUGUCUUCUGUUAGCAAAGGAGACAAACUGGCUAGUCCUCUGGACUCCAGAGGGAGCAUCGGCCCUCCAAGAUGCAGUACUGCAGCGGCCGCUAGAGGGAGUUCCAAGGACAGCAGGCAUCCUGACCACGAGCCCAAAGCAAUGGAGAACAGUCUAAGAAAGCCUUCCGAGGCAGGCCCCUCAUCAUCGUCAUCAUCACAGAGGUCUGCCCAACAGAACGUGUCCACCAGCCAGCCUAUUCCAGCACAUUCACAUAGCUGCUCCCCCCCAAGAGCCGUGAGGCCAAGUAAACCAACCAAAUGCAGCGAGGAAGAAGACAUGUAUCCUGAUGGCAAGGUGGUGAAGUUCCUGGCCAGCGGCGCUUACAUUGCCAUCUUCCCGAACGGGAUGAGGACCAAGCUUUCAUCGGACGGCACCACGCUCACAAUCGCUUUUGCCAAAGGCGACACCCUUGAUUUAACGCCUGACCACAGAGUGAUCUACAACUACGCAGACACCCAGAUGACGCACAUCAUCUACCCAGACGACACGGAGAGAGGCACUUCCCCGACGGCAGCAAGGAGAGCGUUCUGACGGAGUGAAGCGAGAUCCGUUUCAACAACGGCCAGUCGAGGUCCACACGGCCGACUACAGGAUGAGAUGGUAUCCAGACGGCACCAUGAAGACAAUCUACUCUACUCACAAAGUAUUGCUGUCAUAAAUUUAUUUAUUUAUUCUCAUCUUUUAUCCUAACAUUGUCUGGCGACCAGUCCAGUGUGCACCCCGCCGUUCGCCCAAAGUCGGCUGGGAUAGGCUCCAGCAUACCUCCGUGACUCUAGUGAGGAUUAAGCGGCAUAGAAAUGAAUUGAUAUCCUCAUGACUUUAUUCUCAUUGCAACUUCAUUGUCUUAAAAUAUUGUUUUCUCUAAAUAUUGCGAGUUAAUUCUCAUGAAAUGUGGAAUUUAUUGUUGUCAUGUAACAGUGCAACAGUGCAAUUGUAGUUUUUACUCCUAUUAUUUGUUGUUAUAUUUUUAGAUUCAGGUGGGUCAAGGGUUAGCCUAUAAAAAUUCCCGUCGGAAGGAAUCACAAAAAAAUUGCAGAGCAAAGGAUCCGCUUCCCAUAAAUUUGGAGCCUGCUGGUCUGGAUGCAGGCGUCGACUAAUUCCGACAGGGGUCCUGGCUUGUUCCCCUCCUGGCUGACGCUCGCCAAUUGACGGCGCGUGUGAUCCGACGAUGGCACUGUCUUUAAAAAUAACAGUAGUUUUCCUCAUGAAAACUACAACUUUAAAUUCAUUUCUUUUUCAGCAGGUGAAAUGUUCUAAGUGCUGCAAGACAAACAAUUUUCUAAGUCCAAAUGAGGCACUGAAGGCAGGUUCCAGCUAGAGCCCAAAAAGUUCACCCCAAAGAGGAGUUGUAACAGCAAAGACAGCUGAGCUCUCCUGAGCUGUACGUCAUCUUGUAUGCCCUUCUCGUGGGGCGGGAGUGUCCUUUCUUGCAUCUGUGAUUGUCUGUACUAUUUUGGUGUCACAUUAAAUCUCAUAUUUUAUGAA